UAUUCUUAAACGUUUCCUCGACUCUCACUCCACUCAGACUCAAUCGAGGAGCCCUUGAGGGAUACUCCAAAACUUCCUCGAAAUCGGUAUUCUUAAUCAUAAAUUUGAGCAAACUCCAGUGAGUUUGAGUCGAGGUGUGACGUCACCAAUUCGAGGAAUUUUAUUUGUAUAAGUUGGUAGUAUUUGUCUAUAAUUUGAUGUUCUGUGGUUCGGAUUUACUUAAUUGUCAAAAUUUAUGUCAAAUAUACUCUGUAUAAUUUGAAAAAAAAAAAACAUUUCGUUCGUUUAUUUCUAAAGUUUCAUUAAGUUUACGGUUUCUCAAGGGUUUUUUUAAGAAUAUUUUUGAGAUUUAACUUCAUUUACGCUUACUACUUUGGAGUGUCAACAUGUCUGGUCGCCAAAUAUUUUCUGAAAGUGAAAAAUUUUGCCUCCAGGAACUAAUAAUUAAAUAUAAGAUUCAUUCUAUAACAACCAUAGGGGCUGGAAACCCUGCAAUAAAGAAAACUGCGUGGGCUCGCCUCACCGAGGAAUACAACUCAAUAGAAACCAACUGUCGGAGGACAGAAGCCCAACUGAAAAAGUGCUGGGAUAAUUUAAAAACCCGCAAAAAACAUGAGUUGGCUCUCCAAAAACGUGAGCGCAUCAGGACAGGGGGUGGGCCUUAUAUGCCAGCCUCAACCUCUACAUCGCAUGAGGUGAUCGAGGAAGCUCUGGCAGAUUGUACCGAUGUGGAGCUACAUGGUGUAAUAGAUAGUGACUUCAAUCGUCAAAAUGUUGAUGAAGCAAUGCCUGAUGAUGCUAUGGAGGAGAUAGAGACAGAAUUUCUUAUACCCCCACCGCACGAUUCCCAGCGUGAAAGAAGGGAGAGUGCAAGCAGCCUGCAACCUGAAAUGGUUCGAGAGGAAACCACCCCAGGUCCGAGCCGUAUAGCAGCCAGGCCCGGUUCACGAAUAUUAGAUUAUGGAAAUCUAAAUCAAGGAAGAAAUGUAAGAGCUCGAGUGAUUACAGAGGAGUUUGGCCUGAGGCGAGAAAAUUACCAAAGAGCUCAAGAGAGAGAAGAGGAACUCCACAGACUAAAAAUGGAGGAGAGAGAGUGGCUAGCCAAAACCGCACAGGAACUAUAUAAAAAGGCUGUUUUAGAAAGAGAAAAUGCAGAGGAAGUUCUUCGCUGUAGCCGUGCAAAGCGUGAAGAAGCAGAAAUAAUGUUAGGUAUAAGGAAAAAUAAAUUUAGUCAAUGAGUGAA